AUGAUCGACUCUGGAGCAACUUCUUGCUUCAUCCACCCUCUUUUAGUAGAAACCUAUUGGCUUCCAACCUAUACACAUCCAAUUCCCAAGAAACUACGUGUUAUUGAUGGCCGAGAAAUCAAUUCUGGCCAAAUCACUCAUUUCACUCGGUUUAAAUGUACCAUUGGCAACCACAUUGAAGAAUUAGAGUGCCAUAUUUCCAAUAUCGGUAACCAUCAAUUAGUUUUAGGGAUGUCAUGGCUAAAAAAGCACAAUCCCCAAAUAUCAUGGGAAAAACAUACACUCAUUUUUAACUCAUUAUAUUGUUCCAAUAAUUGUCUGUCUAUACCUGCUAUCUUAGAGCUCAAGGCAGUAGAAGAAAUACCACUACCGUAUCAAGAAUUUUCCAAGGUCUUUUCUGAGGAAGAAUCAUCCAAAUUGCCACCCCACCGUCCUUACGAUAUUGCCAUUGAAUUACUCCCAGAUGCGCGACCACAACAUGGUCCCAUAUACAGUUUAGGUCCAAGGGAGGAUGCGGAACUCAAAGAAACCAUUGAAAAACAACUCAAAGCAGGUUUAAUCCGCCCGUCUAAAUCCCCUAUGGCCUCUCCCAUAUUAUUUGUCAAAAAGAAAAACGGGAAGUUACGCAUGUGUGUGGACUAUCGGCGUCUAAACAGUAUGACCAAGAAAAACGUCUAUCCUCUACCAUUGCCACAAAACUUGAUUGAGAAGCUACAAGGUGCAAAGAUUUUUAGUAAAUUCGAUCUCAAGGCAGGAUAUAAUUUAGUCCGGAUCAAAGAAGGCGAUGAAUGGAAAACAGCCUUCAAAACAAAAUAUGGACUAUUCGAAUACUUGGUCAUGCCCUUUGGAUUAACAAAUGCGCCGGCGGCUUUUCAAGAUAUGAUGAACGAGAUAUUCAGGGAUCUUCUGGAUGUUUAUGUCAUCAUAUACCUGGACGAUAUUCUAGUCUUCUCCUUGAACGAAAAAGAUCAUGAAGCCCAUGUGCGAGAAGUACUUAAGAGAUUACAGGACAACCAUCUCUUUUGCAAUAUCGAGAAAUGCCAUUUUCAUGUCAAGAAAAUUGAUUACCUAGGGUUUAUCAUAUCAGAAUUUGGCAUAGAGGUGGAUCAAUCCAAAGUUACAGACGCAAUGAAUUGGUCAAUACCAAAAAAUGUCAAGAACAUCCAGGAAUUCUUAGGAUUUGUAAACUUUUACAGACGAUUUAUCCCUAAUUUUGGCAACAUGGCACGUCCUUUGUAUAAUUUGCUCAAAAAAGACAGUCAAUGGAAAUGGGAACAUGCAGAACAACAAUCUUUUGACAAUCUUAAAAAAUGUCUUACCUCAGCGCCCUUGCUUUUACAACCUGACACCACAAGACAGUUCUAUGUGGAAUGCGACGCAUCGGACUAUGCCACUGGGGCAAUACUAUCUCAGCGUAAUCCUGAAGGGAAACUAGCUCCUGUAGCCUAUCUAUCAAAAUCCCUAUCCCCAGCCGAAAAGAACUAUGAUAUCUUUGACAAAGAAUUACUGGCAGUCAUUAGGGCAUUUAAGGAAUGGCGUCAUUUACUGGAAGGAUCAGAACUACCAGUCCAAGUUCUAACAGAUCAUAAGAAUUUGGAGUAUUUCUCGACGUCACAAUCCCUGAAUAAACGUCAAAUUCGAUGGGCAAAUUUCCUAGUAGACUACAAUUUCCAGAUUAUCUACAGACCUGGGGCACAGAACAAAAAGGCGGAUAUCCUCUCUAGACGCUAUGACUUAGUACCCCUUGAAGGGGGGGUAGAGAACCAGGUUCUCCUAAAACCGGAACUUUUCAUCGCAUCUAUUACCCCAGAUCAGGAAAUCAACGAUCUGAUUGGUGAAGCAAUCUAUGAGGAUGAACGUCUUAAAGAAAUCUUGUACAGGCUCCAGAACAAAAAUAAAGUAGUCGACUGGGAAUUAAAAGAAGGAUUACUAUGGUUUCAAGGGAAAAUAUUUGUUCCAAAGGAUGACACUAUUAGGAAUCUUAUCUUGGAAUCUAGGCAUGACGCUUUAGCAGCAGGGCAUCCAGGACAAGCCAGGACAUUAGAACUCGUUUCCAGGAGUUACUACUGGCCAUUGCUGAAAAAAUUUGUCAAUUCUUAUGUCAGCCAUUGCAAAACCUGCAUCAGGUCCAAACCAACAAACCAAGUACCUGUAGGACUACUAAAGCCUUUGCAAAUUCCUGAACGUCCCUGGGAAGACAUAGCCUAUGACAUGAUUGUGGGACUACCGGUGUCGGAAGGCUUUGAUGCCAUACUUACUGUCAUUGAUCAAUUCUCAAAAAUGGUCCACUUUAUUCCUACCCAUUCCACGGCGUUGGCUAUUGAUAUCGCCAACCUCUUCAUCACGUAUAUAUGGAAACUACACGGCCUCCCUAGAAGUACGGUUUCAGACAGAGGACCUACAUUUAAUGCCAAGUUCAUUCGUCAUCUGUAUAAAAGGUUGGACAUUAAACCCACAUACUCUACAGCAUACCAUCCGCAAACAGAUGGACAGACAGAACGAAUACAAAGGGAGGCUGAAAUCUUUAUCCGUAUGUUCGGAAACCACCGCCAAUCAGACUGGGUAUCCCUACUUCCUUUAGCCGAGUUUGCCCUCAAUAAUCUAAAGCAAACUUCUACGGGCAAAUCCCCAUUCCAGAUAUGUUACAGCUGUAACCCCCAAUUCUCUGUAGGUCAAAAAACGGAUGAAUCAGUACCCAACGCAGAUGAACACGCGGAGUUCUUAGAACAAGGCUACGAUGAAGUCAAGGCAGCAUUGUCCCUGUCACAAGAAAGGAUGAAACACUUCUAUGAUCAACAUCACAGAAAGGAAGAAGAAAUUCAAGUAGGGGACAAAGCCUGGUUGAGCCAUCAAAAUAUAUCCACAGACAGACCCUCGAUGAAACUCAGCCACAAAAAAUUAGGACCCUACUUAGUAAUUGAAAGAAUAGGAUCACACGCAUACAAACUUCAAUUACCUCACACUAUGCGCAUACAUCCUGUGUUCCAUAUCAAUCUUCUCACUAAAUUUCAUCCUGACCCUCAUGGUCGCGACCCUCCCCAACCUGCACCCAUUGUCACAGAAGAAGGAGAGGAGGAAUAUGAGGUUGAAAAAAUCUUGGAUAGUAAAUGGAAAGGACGCGGUAAAACAAGGAAACUUUGGUAUCUAAUUAAGUGGAAAGGAUACGACGAGGGAAGCAAUUCCUGGGAACCAAUUGACAAUGUGGCCAAUGCCAAGGAAGCGAGAGAAGAGUUCCAUAAGGAGUCCGAGCUUAGUCGUGACACCAAGCCCAAUAAGUUCAAUGGCAAGAAAGAGGACGCCCUUAACUUCAUUAUUGCCUGCCAAGCCUAUAUAAGGGCAAAAGGGGCCAAUCAAUCCCACAAAGAAAAAAUCUUGUGGAUAACGUCAUAUUUUGAAGGUGCUGCGGAAGAUUGGGUACGCCCAUACAAGGAAAGGAAGGUGUUCAGGGGAGAGGCGGUUCCUUUAUUGGAAGAUAUUGAUACAUUUUGGGCCAAGUUCACAAAGCAUUACGUAGAUACAAAUUGUGAUGAGAAGUACCGCCAAAAAUGGAAUAAUUUACAACAGAAAGCAUCAGUACAAGAAUAUACUUGCGAAUUCCAGCAGUACUCAGUGUCCUUAGGGUACAGCAAUGAGACGUUACGCAAUAAGUACUAUAAUGGCCUCCAAAACAAUAUCAAGGACAUCAUGCUUUCCACUAUGUUCCAAUGGCGUUGUGCUAUGGCUCAACAAGUGUAUGACAAGGCAGAAGAAAUUGCCAACCACAUUGAGUCAACUUGUCUUUCCAACCCAUCUGUCUCCGCUGCUUGUACGUCUUCCAACACUGUCUCCACCCCUACUUCCAAUCCCACUCCUACUCGUACUUGUCUUAAUGUUGGGGACAAUGUCUAUAUGAUUGAUCCAACCACUUGCCGCGCCAAGAAAGGCGCUAUUACUUCAAUUGUUUGCACUACCUCUGGCAACAUGCCAAAUGUCAGGUGGAAUGGAGAAUCCAAGGACACAAUGAUCCCAUUCCCCUCCCUUAAGAAAGAUGAACGCCCCGCUGCAGCUGCACCUGUUAAAACCAUCAUUGCACCUACUCCUAUUCUAGCCUCAAACUCUAAAGGUCCAGGUCCCAUGGAUCUUGAUGGAAGAGGAUUUUCAAAUCUCACAUGCCAUGUAUGCGGUGGAAAAGGUCAUUUUGCACGCAAUUGCCCCUCUAAGCCCAUGUCUGGACAUGUGGCUAAUGUUGAAUGGUCUUGGGAAAGACCUAAAGAAGAAAAUCGAAUUGAAGUUGUCUCUGAUGAGGAGGAGUCGGGAAAAGGAAAAGCCAAGGCCAACUAA